AAGAUAACUGUGCUGACGUAAAGCCGUGAACACGUCCUUUAAGAUGGCCUGCUCUAAGGAAAAAGAGAGUCAGAUCCGUGAAGACAUGAAGGAGUACUACGGCAAGACCAUCCAGAACCGGGAUGAGCUGUUGAUUAAUAACCAGGAGCUCGAGGCCGGUGGAUGCCGGGAAGAGUCUAAAAUUAAAGACCAGGAGGCCAGUGGAUGCCGGGAAGAGUCGAAAAAUAAUGACCAGGAGGCCGGAGGGUGCCCGCUCGCUAAAUGUAAACUGCCCCGCCACGUCACAGAGGCUCUGGCGAUGGUCCACCCGGACGUUCAGGCCAAGAGUUACGGGUGCGGCUUGCCAGUUCCAGAGUUGUUGGAGGGGUGCCACGUGUUGGACCUGGGCAGCGGGGCCGGACACGACUGCUUUACUCUGGCCAAACUGGUGGGCGAGACGGGCCACGUGACUGGCGUGGACAUGACGGAGGAACAGUUGGACUUUGCCAGGCGCUACACCGACUACCACCGGGAGACGUUCGGCUACUCCAAACCCAACACGGAGUUCGUCCGGGGGUACAUCGAGAACCUUGGCGAGGCUGGGCUCAGGGACAACACUUUUGACGUCAUCAUAUCCAACUGUACGGUCAAUCUCUCCCCGGACAAGAAGGCUGUCUUGGGGGAGGCAUAUAGAGUUCUGAAGAGUCAGAUCCGUGAAGACAUGAAGGAGUACUACGGCAAGACCAUCCAGAACCGGGAUGAGCUGUUGAUUAAUAACCAGGAGCUCGAGGCCGGUGGAUGCCGGGAAGAGUCUAAAAUUAAAGACCAGGAGGCCAGUGGAUGCCGGGAAGAGUCGAAAAAUAAUGACCAGGAGGCCGGAGGGUGCCCGCUCGCUAAAUGUAAACUGCCCCGCCACGUCACAGAGGCUCUGGCGAUGGUCCACCCGGACGUCAAGGCCAAGAGUUACGGGUGCGGCUUGCCAGUGCCUGAGCUGUUGGAGGGGUGCCACGUGUUGGACCUGGGAAGCGGGGCCGGACACGACUGCUUCACUCUGGCCAAACUGGUGGGGGAGACGGGCCACGUGACUGGCGUGGACAUGACGGAGGAACAGUUGGACUUUGCCAGACGCUACAACGACUACCACCGGGAGGCGUUAGGCUACUCCAAACCCAACACGGAGUUCGUCCGGGGCUACAUCGAGAACCUUGGCGAGGCUGGGCUCAGGGACAACACUUUUGACGUCAUCAUAUCCAACUGUACGGUCAAUCUCUCCCCGGACAAGAAGGCUGUCUUUGGGGAGGCAUAUAGAGUUCUGAAG